AUGAGUGGGAUUUAUCUACCAGGUGACAUCGUUCCUUUGAUGGUUCCUGGUAAAAAAAGGACAGAAGUAAUUGGUUGUGGUCUAGAACGAGUAAUCAAUGAUCCUGAUAACUUGUUAGUCGUACAACCUGGAGUGCGGCGUGUAUCUCACGGUAAACAAUGGAUGGCAGUUCACUCACGAAGAUAUGUCCCACAAAAGGGUGAUCGUGUAAUUGGAAUUGUUACUUCUGCACACGGUGAAACGUUUAAAAUUGAUAUCGGAGCUGCUGACAUCGCUUUUAUCAAUUUUCUUUCCUUUGAAGGUGUCACAAGACGUAACCGUCCAAACUUGAAAGUUGGUGAUUUAAUUUAUGCAACUGUCACCUCUGCAACAAAACAUUUGGAACCAGAACUUACAUGUGUUGAUGGCGAAGGUCGAGCGCGCGGUAUGGGUUCACUACCAUCUGGUGGAUUUCUGUUUAAAACAAGCCUGAAUCUUGUACGUCGAAUCCUUUCACCGACUUCGAGGCUGUUGUCGCUGAUUGGUAAAGAUAUAAAAUUUGAAAUAACAAGUGGCAUUAAUGGGCGAAUUUGGAUCAAAGGCAUUAAUGUCGUGGAAGUUGUAGCUGUUCACCGAAUAAUUAAGGAUUCGGAAUUUAUCCCAGAACCCGAUAUUCCAGCUUUUGUGGACAAACAAAUUAGCCGUUUAUAUGGCUUUCCUGUAUCGUCUGAUGAAAGUAAUAAUGAUCGAACAUCAUAA